CUGCUACAUAUCAAUCCAUUGGUGGAUAGAAGGGAAAUGCAGACAUCGUCGCACUCGUCAACCUCUAAUCAUAAAAUUCACACAUGGCAAGCAUUUCGCAAUCAUUGGAUUUUGUGGAAAUUCUGUGGCAUUCUACCGCCAAAACGUGACAGCCGCUGGUUAAAGCCAUACCUGGUGUAUGGCAUUAUUCUAAAUGUGACCACCGCCCUUCUGUUUCCCCUCACUCUGAUUGUCGAUUUAAUAUUUUCCCAGAAUCUUACGGAGCUAUGCGAAAAUCUCUACGUGACAAUAACCGCCGUGAUUUGUGGCCUUAAGUUCGUCAACGUUUUUACGGUGCGCCACAAACUGUUGGAGGUGCGAUGGAUAUUGGAGCGAUUAGAUGUCAGGGCCAAUUCGCCGCAACAACGGCAAGAGUUACAACGUGGCAUUGAUACGACUCGCAAAUGGUUUAUGGCCUUCUUACGAUUCUAUACGUGUGCUGUCAUCACCAGCCAAUUGGUGGUCUAUCUAUCCAAGGAACGGGUACUAAUGUAUCCAUCAUGGUUUCCAUGGGAUUGGAAGGCAUCGAAAAGGAAUUUCCUGUUUGCCCAUUGCUAUCAGGUAUAUGCGGUGUCCGUAUGUACUGUGGAAAAUCUGGGCAGUGAUACAUAUCCGCAGGCCUACAUAGUCGUGUUGAUUGCUCACAUUCGUGCAUUGGCGUUACGCAUCAAAUCAUUGGGCGAGUCAACGGCAGCAGCAGCAUCAAAAUCGAGACAGCUAUCCAAUGAUGAAUUGUAUCAGGAGUUGGUUAAUUGUGUUCGAGAUCAUCAAAUUGUUCAUGAACUCUUUCUCACCAUCCAAGAGUGUAUUUCGAAAACAUGUCUAGCACAAUUUGUGGCCACCGGUUUGGCCCAGUGCACCAUCGGUGUGUAUGUUAUCUAUGUUGGGUCGGAUUUCUCACGACUACUGAACAGCUUUAUGUUCUUCGGUGCCAUUACCAUUGAAAUAUUAAUUUUAUGCUAUUUUGGAGAUUUGUAUUGUCGGGCCAAUGAUUUUCUUAUCGAUGCCAUUUACGAAUGCAAUUGGAUCGAACGGGAUGAGAGAUUUAAAAAGGCUUUGCUGUUGUUGUUGCAACGUUCCCAACAAACGGAUUGUAUAAGGGCUGGCAAUUUGAUACCAGUACGAUUGCCAACAUUUGUUAAGAUUAUGAAAACUGCUUAUUCAGCUUUUACUGUAUUAAAUGAAGUUAAUUAAAUGACCAUAACAAUC